CGACUCUUUCGAGACCGCCUGUUUGUGUCAUUUCCUGUGUAUCUUGGGCUGCCGGCUGUCCGGAAUUGUUUUCUUCAUCCACAGGAAUGUUUAGUGAUCCUCAAUGGAGGACCGGGAAGCCCAAGAUGAUGAACUGCUGGCUCUAGUGAGUAUUUAUGAUACAGAAGAGUUUCGUAGAGCCGAAUCAGGCCAGGAAGGUGAAAUCCAUCUGUGUCUUGAGCUUCCCAAGGACUUCAAGCUGCUGGUUGAUGGGGAAAAACGCAUGGAGUAUGACGUGUCAUUUUUGCCUCCCCUGGUUUUAAGCUUUGAGCUCCCUGCAGAUUACCCCUCCACAUCAGCACCAGUUUUUACCCUGAGCUCCAAAUGGCUGUCCAGACAACAGCUAACAGCUCUAUGCAAGCGACUAGAUGAGCUUUGGCUGGAGAACCAGGGCAGUGUGGUGCUUUUCACCUGGAUUCAGUUUCUCAAAGAAGAAGCUGUGGACUUUCUGGGCCUGCAGUCUCCUCUGAAGAUCCCCAGCAAUAGCAGAAAACAUCCACAGCUUGACCGCAGCAUGAGUGAGGGAGCUACGAAACAAGCAGAAACCGCCGGGGUGGAGAAGAGGAAACAGCCAGAACUGGACCCUCGUGCCGUUAUGGAGGUGGAAGCUGGCGCUGACCUGCUACGUCUGUUGCUGGACUUUGACGAGGCGCAGCGGCAAAAGGUUUUUGAUGGGAAACCCUUCUGCUGCGGUAUCUGCUUCACUGAAAAGCUGGGCUCCAGCUGCAUGCUCUUUAAAGAAUGUGAGCACGUUUACUGUAAAGCCUGUCUGAAGGAGUACUUUGAGAUUCAGAUUCAUGACGGCAACGUCCAGUGCCUUAGAUGCCCUGAACCGAAAUGUACCUCUGUGGCUACUCCCUCACAGGUAAAGCUGCUGGUUGGGGAGGACGAGUUUGCACGCUAUGACCGCUUGCUGCUGCAGUCCAGUCUGGACCUGAUGGCGGAUGUUGUGUACUGCCCACGGACCACGUGCGGCAUGGCUGUGAUGCUGGAGCCAGAUGCUAGCAUGGGUCUGUGUCCAUCCUGCCGCUACGCCUUCUGCACACUGUGCAAGCGCGCCUACCACGGUCUCUCACACUGCCCCCCUACUGUCGAGGAGCUUCAAAGACUGCAUGACGAUUAUCUGAAUGCCAGUGCGGAGGAGAGAAUCUUCUUGGAGCAGCGCUUCGGGAAGCAUGUGAUCAGGCGUGCCAUAGACGAAUGCAGCAGCAGACAGUGGCUUGAUGAGAACUCCAAAAAUUGCCCACGCUGUGGCAGUCACAUCCAGAAGACGCAAGGCUGCAACAAAAUGACCUGCUCCUUCUGUCAACAGCACUUCUGUUGGGUCUGCCUAGCACCUCUCUCCAAAGUCAACCCCUACAGCCACUUCAACAAUCCCAACAUGCAGUGCUAUAAUAGAUUGUUCCAGGGAAUUGAAAAUGAGGAUGAUAUUUCGAGUGAUGAAGAUGAAUGAAAAGCGGAGGACAACUACCUUUAGGCACUUUAAUAACACGCUAGAUGCUGCUUCCUGUUGUGUACUUCCCUAUGUUCAUUUUACUUUACCCUGCUCAUUCAGAAUUUAAGAAAGACCCAGAAUACUGACCUAGUGCCCUAGUCAUUUUAUUGUUAAUAAUUUAUCUCUGUACGUUUAAUACAGAUCAAAUUAAAUAAUAAAUCGUAGCAAGUCUGCUUCUAGAAUAAUGGUUUUCUCCUGCUGUUCAUGUUAUUUUAAGUCAUUGUACCAAGUAAUGCCAAAGGAAACCAUAAUGUUCUGUUUACAAAGUGAAGACAUCAGUACAAUCAGUGAUUGUAAAGGUUGAAUCCUGAAUGUAAUUGUUAUGGCUGUUGCUGUAGAAGUAUUCUUUAAAAUGUCAUUAUCUUGUUAAACAGUAAAUAUACUAACAGUGACUGAUAAACUUGGCUUUUUUCUCUCCA